UUGAAUGCUGUUUGUGAUGCAGUUGCUGUUUAUAAAAAAGAUAUUGUUGAUUUAAAAUGAUUGAGAGAGGACACAGUCAGUCGGUGAGAUGAGGAAGAAACACUUGUAUCAUCAGAGAUUUUAACUACACAUAGCAAAAAUAGAUUUGACAACUUGACAACAGGGUUGCUACCUGCCGUUGAUAUGUUCCAUGGUGCCCAUCUGAGGAUGAGGACUAGGGGGAGUCAACCCUCGUCCUUCCAUUCCUUUUUUGGAUCAGUAUACACCGGUAACAAGCAACCAUUCCGUAGAGGGGUCAUGUUCGUCUUUAUUGCCGGUGUUCUUAUACUGGUAGGAGGCAUUCUCACAUGGAUGGGAUACAGCAACGUGUUUGUGAACAGUCGAAUCUCCUACAUCGGCCCUUUACUGAUCGCACUAGCUCUACUGAUGUUCCUGAUUGCCAUUCGUCAGUUUCUUCUUGCUAAAAAACAGACCAUACAUAACCGAGAAAGGCUAGAGCAGUUAGCUGGUGAAACAGUGGCAGCUGUGGUCAUCAACACAGAUGAGAGGGACGAUACAGUUACAGUUAUAAUGGACACAAUAAACAACUCCCCAGAAAUAAGACCCCAUGGAGAGAUCCAGCCUCCUUCCUACCUGGAGGCCACUGACACACCUGUGAUCCCUAUGGUUCCUUCGGCUCCAGAUUAUCACUCGGACCCGCCCCCAUCCUACGAGGAGGCCAUCACAGACACAGGACCCGAAAUAAGAGAUUCUGUCCCAGUUAUAAAGUGAACAAUUCUGGAGGAGAAAACAUCUCUGAUCUACAAAAGGAAGUCUAUGGACUUCGGUAACAAAGAUUAGUACAUAUAUGUAAGUUAUGUACUGAUAUUACUGACCGGUUAACCUAGCUUACCAUAUCCCCAAAAAAA